CUGUUGUCAAACUUGAAUCUUGAACCAUUCAUUUUCGUGCUGUCUUCAAAUUUGUGCUGUAUUUAGUUGAAGGUGUUGAGACAAAAUUGCUGUCUGGAACCUGAAACCGUGCUGAAACUCCGUGAUUCAAAUUCUUGUUCUUGGUUCUUCUGUCAGUUCGUCAGUUGUUCAGUUCAGUCUUCAGUUCAGUUCAGUGUCGGAGUGUGGGUUCUUGGUUAGUUCUUUUAGUUCUUGUGAGUUUACGUUAAAUUAUUAGUUGACAGUCCAAUCUCAUGAUAAUAACCAAGGAAUAGGAAAGUGUCCUUACUAAAGUUCAGUGAUAUACUUGCUCCUUAAUUAUUUGUGGGCGUGGAAAGUUUCAAAACUUAGUUCUCAAGGAAGUUAACGGUACUGGAGUGUUGUUACAUAGUUUGAAGGCUACGUUGCUUGCUGCUGCACCCUCGGGGGUUAGGAAUGUGAAUAAAUAAUAUCCUAUUGGAUGUCUUUUCCAUGGUAUUUGUGAUUAGAUUUCGUAAACCGGGUAAAUUAUUAUUGUUGAAUUUUGUGAUCAGUUUGUUGUGAUGAAGCCGACAUAAGUUCACAAAGUUCUAUAAUUUGUGCGUGAGCGAUAACUGCUCUAUGGGAAACAGAUCGAAAGCCACAUUCUAUGCAUUGGAUUAUUUUUUCUAAGGUGAGACGUGUUUCCUGGACCUUUCUCCCACUUUGAAUAGAAAGAAAGCGGUGACAGGCGGUUACUGAUGUGUGGGAAAUGGGAGUGGAGGGGCUUGCUCUGUUGGCAAUAACUGGACUACUAUCCAUCAUAGGAAACAGAGGUGUGCUAGCUAACCGGCCGCCCGUGCUGGAAGAGGACCUGAACAAUGCGGUGAUAAGCGAGGCGGCGCCCGUCGGCAGUGUGCUGGGCCGCCUGGUGGGGACAGACCCCGAGGGCUCUCCCCUCCACUACCAGCUGUCAGGCACCGAUCACUUCCACGUCGACCCGACCUCAGGGGUCGUCACUCUAGUCAAACCCCUCGAUCGUGAGGUGAAUGAUACUCUUAGUUUUUACGUUAUAGUACAAGAUGAAGUCGAAGGAGGAAAGAACAAUCUAGUUAAUGUGCAAAUCUCGGUUAUUGUCACGGAUGACAACGACAAUGCACCGAUGUUCAAAAAUAUUCCAUAUGAAGCUCUAGUCCCUGAAGAUACACCAGUUGGCUCAACUAUUUUCUCUUCAAUUUUAGUCGAAGAUGCUGAUUUGCUGGGAGAUACUUUGGAAGUUACAUGCACAGAGCAUGUUCAGUUUCCAAAUGCUUGUUCUAAAUUCGCGCUGGAAACUUGGAACGCCAGUCAGCAAAGUUACCAAGGUGGAAUUGUCCUCAAGCAAAAAUUAGACUACUCUGAACGGCCAUUUUACCAAAUCUUACUGCAAGCCACUGAUGGAGUGCACCAAGUGACGACUGGCCUACAAGUGAAGGUGAAGGAUGUGCAAAAUAUGCCGCCCGUGUUCGUGGGGUCGCUGACGGGGGUGAUCCGCGAAGACGACCCCAUAGGCACACUGGUCACCACCUUUCUGGCCCGUGAUGGCGACAAAGGGCAGCCCAGGAAGAUCCAGUAUCAGCUCAUCACAAAUCCUUUGGAUUACUUUCUUUUGGACAGUGAAAGUGGUGAACUGCGAACUGCCAAGCCGUUGGAUCGAGAGGCUCUGCCCGACUCCAAUGGAGUCAUUUCAUUGACAGUAGUUGCGCGAGAACUGGUUGACGGCAUGGCGAGCAAUGACGUGAUGACGUCGACGUCAGCUGUCGCGUCGAUCACCAUCACCGAUGUCAAUGAUGAGCCACCUCGCUUCAACCAACGCGAGUACACCGUCACGCUGCCCGAGAACAUACCUGACGGAACACCUCUUCCCAAUCUCGACAUGACCGUCACCGAUCCUGAUGUUGGAUCGAACUCAGCAUUUUCUCUGCGGUUGGCCGAUUUGUCGGGGGCUUUUGCCGUGGAGCCGAAGAAUGCCACGGGAUCCACUUCAGUCUCCAUUCGUGUUAUGAACGGCUCGCUCGAUUAUGAGAAUCCAAAUUCAAGAAAAUUCAUCCUAUUGGUGAUCGCUGAGGAAACGGACGCCUACCCGAAGCACUCGUCAACGGCGACGCUGACAGUGGAGGUGACAGAUGCCAACGACAACGCGCCAGUGUUCGACGCGGAGGUGUUGGCUGCAGUGGUGCACGAGACGGCGUCGCCGGGCAGCGUUGUUGCCAACUUGACGGCCACUGACCGCGACUCGGGUCGCUUCGGCACCGACGGAAUCGUCUAUUCGCUCGUGGGCGACGGCGCCAACAAGUUCACCGUCAACCCCAAAACAGGUGUCAUCACUGUCGCGCCCUGCGACCAACCCGGGGCGCCCCACUGUCUGGACUACGAGACCAAGCCAAACUAUUUCUUGUCGUACCAGGCGACAGACGACGAGGGCAGCGGCCAAAGCAGUGUGGUGCCGCUCAAGAUUUCGUUGCUGGACAGCAAUGACAAUGCGCCUGUAUUCACCAGCGCCACCUACACGGCGGUCAUUGACGAGGGCGCCAACAAGUUCGAGCCGCCUCUGCAAGUUCAGGCUAGAGAUGAAGAUAAAACGUCAAAAAUCGAGUACAGUAUCAUCGAAGCAAACGAAAAAGACCUGUUCGUUGUGGACAGAGACACUGGAGAAAUUCUUGUGGCCAGUCCUGACGGAUUGGACAUGUCAAAUGCUACCAGCGAUUCCGUUCAUUUAGUUGUGGAGGCUAGCGAUGGCAUAUUUUCUAGUCGAUGUAAUGUCAACAUCACCGUUCUGGAUGUCAACAACAAUAGUCCAACUUUUGAAAGAGAGAGCUACGUUGCAACCGUUCAAGAGGAUACACCGAUCGGUACAAGCGUGGAGAAAGUAACAGCGCUUGAUGCUGACUCUGGAAUCAAUGCCGAAUUGAUUUACCGCAUUGAGAAGGGCGCUUUCGAUGACUUCACUAUCGAUAACAUGACUGGGGUCAUCAAGGUCGAGUCAAAGUUGGACUUCGACCGGCGAUCGUUCUAUAGUAUCGAAAUAAUUGCUGUUGAUGGAGGUACUCCUGCAUUGACUGGAACAACAACAGUUUCUUUGAACAUAGAAAACAGCAAUGAUAAAAUACCAUUCUUUGAACCACCGACUCAGAGAGCUGAGGUUGGAGAGGACGCCGUAGUGGGAAAAGUCAUCCACCGACUUACAGCGAAAGAUCUAGAUGUGAAUUCGUCGGAUGCUCUGCACUACUCGAUCAGUGAACCUAUUACAGCCGUCGAUAAAAAUGGAAAAGAAGUUUCCGAGGACGAGUCUUUCAAAAAUUUCUUCCAUGUGAAUAAAGAAACAGGAGAAGUGACAGUUGCUGAAACGUUGAGAAGAGAUGUUGCUGCAGUUGUGAGAAUCACAGUUGUAGUCACUGACAUCACGGCACCCACAUUGCAACAAGGAAAAGGAACACUCGUGGUAACUAUCAUCGAUGUGAAUGAUUUUGCUCCAACCUUCCCUGCUCCAUGGUCGCCGGAGAAUCCCUACUACACCAUCGACGUCCUUGAAGAGCAACCUGUGGGCACUCUCAUUGGCACAUUCACUGCCAGUGACCAGGACUCGAACAUUGAGCGCUAUGAGAUACUGCCGCCGUCAAACUAUUUCUCCAUCAAUAACUCCACGGGUGCUGUUCGAACAAUGGAAAGAAUCGACUACGAAGAAACACCUUCACUAAACUUUACAAUAGUUGCGUUCGAUUCAGGCGUGCCUCAGCUAUCAAGUUCGGCUCACGUAAUGGUCAACGUAAUCAAUAUCAACGAUAACGAUCCUGUUUUCAAUCAGAGCUCCUAUGCAGUAAAAGUGUACGAGAACGCGCCGCAGGGCACGGUGGUGGCACGGGUGAGCGCCGUUGACCGUGACUCGGGCGUGUUUGGCCAGGUGACCUACAGCCUGAUCGGCGAACACAGCGCCGAGUUCGCCAUAGACGCGGAGACGGGCGAGAUGACAGUGGCCCGGUCGACUGCGCUCGACCGCGAGCAACGCGAUCAGAUCACGCUGCAAGUGAUGGCCAGCGACGGUGCGCCACAAGACAUACGCAGGACCACCGCUGUUCCGGUCACAAUAAAACUGUUGGAUGUGAACGACAAUGCUCCAUCGUUCACUCAGCGCAACUACAUGGCGAAUAUUGUGGAGAACAUUCCCCUCUCUCCGCCCUCGCCUAUAGUGCAGCUGCGUGCGCAGGACAAAGACCUCACCAGCCACCUCAAGUACAGAAUCAUCUCGGGCAACGUUGGUGAUGUGUUCAAGUUAGAUCCAGUGACGGGCAUUCUGACGCCGGGUGUGUCCCUGGUGGGCAAAGAGCAACACUACAGUCUGACGGUGGAAGUGUCCGACGGAACUUUCACAGACGCCGCCAAUGUGGACAUCAAAAUACUCAACGUCAACCAGCACCAACCCACCUUUGUCGACCCGCCCUCCCAGAACGCCACCAUACACAUCGAGGAGAAUGAUAUCGGCGACACCCUCGUGAUGACAGUUCGUGCAGAGGACGAAGACUACGGUGAAAAUGGUAGGGUCACUUACCACUUCAAAGUCAACGAUUCCAAUGUUCAAGAAACUGAAGAAUUCUCUAUUGAUGCGGACAACGGGGAACUGAGAGCGAAAGUAAUCCUUGACAGAGAAACAAAACCUUCCUACCAGCUUGUACUAGUAGCAAGAGACCAUGCUUCCCCUACUUGGUAUGAGGCCUUGCAGUUUCUAACCAUCAUUCUAAAGGAUGUAGAUGAUAAUGUUCCGGAGUUUCCUUCAGAAAACAGCACCAAGCCUUACACAUUCAAUGUCAUCGAGAACACUCCGUCUCAUCGUAAAAUUGGGAAAGUUGAAGCUGUCGAUAAGGACGAAGGAGAGAAUGCGAAGGUGUAUUAUUACAUAAUCGGAGGCAACGAGGAUCGCCGGUUCGUUGUGGAUCGACUGGAUGGCACCAUUUGGACGAAUGGCACACUCGAUCGCGAGCAACAAGACUUCUAUCAGUUGUACAUCAAAGCCACCAAUGAUCCUGACUAUUACGCCUCAAAGGAUAAGAAUGCAGGUAAUGUGAGAGAAUCGUCCAACGUUGCUGUGGUUCGAAUUGUUGUAAUUGACGAGAACGACAAUCCGCCGGUCUUUGAAAAGAAUUUCUAUUUUGCUGGUGUUAAUGUGGCAGCCGAUGAAGACGAAUUGGUGUGCGAGUUGUUUGCCAGUGACUUGGAUGAAGGGGAGAAUGGCGUCAUUACCUACCAAAUUGUAGCUUCACACCUGUUCAGAGGCGGAUCGAACGUGUCGUCAGGCUCGGUUGUGCCGAGUCCAUUCCGGAUUUCGAACGCAGGCCGCCUGAAGACGGCUACUCUAGUCGCCGAAUACAACCAGGAGCGAUUCCAGCUGGACGUAGUCGCUCGCGAAAAGACUCACCCGUUCCGAGAGGCCAAAGCCACCGUUCAUGUUUGGAUAUAUGAGGACCAGCAACUCAUUAGAGUGAUUUUGUCGAAAACACCUGAGGAAGUAAACAGAGACAAAGAUAAGAUUGUGAGCAUCCUCUCCAACGCAACAAGGAGUUUGGUCGUCGUUGAUGACAUCAAGUAUCACAUCGAUGACUUGAACCACAAACAUGAAGAUUGGUGUGACAUGUAUCUUCAUGUGGUGGAUCAAAGAACAUUUUCUAUUGCCAUGAUUCCGGACAUAUUGAAAGUAAUUGAUGCACAGUACGAUUACCUCAAGGACUACUAUGUAGUAAACGCCAUUGAAAAUGUUAUUCCGGCGCAUGUGAGUGUGAGAGACGAGUCGUUCGACCCGGCAGUCGCCUCCCUCAUCGCCCUGCUUGUCGUCCUCUUUGUCGGAUGUGUCUCUGUCAUUAUUGUCUGCUGUUGUUUCCGACAUUGGGUUGUCGCUGAGCCUUUGGACAUGAAAGCUUCAGACAUGCUGAUCAAGAAAGCCAUUCUUGAUGAUCUCAAUACCACCGAAAAUCCCCUGUGGAUAGAACAAAAAUUGAAACUUUACGAGGAACAAGAGCUAACAAUGCAAGUGUUCUGUGAGCCAGACAGCACUCAGAUGCCCACCCAGGCCACAAUGGAAAGGCGCGACUCUGCAGAUAUGUCUGUUGUUGAUAACACUUACGACACAAUCCAGCACCCAGCUCGAAGGGGCUCUGUGAACACUGUGCUGUCACUGGGCGCAGGGGACUAUGCCACCCUAGGCGGUUCACUGCUUCCCAUCGACAAUGUCAGCUCACACAGUCAACAGAGGAAUCCACCGUGGAUGCGUCCGCGCUACGCGUCCGUGGAGUUGCGCGGCGGAGUGCAUCACCUGAAGUGCAGCUGCGGGCGCCGCGAUGGCCUGCGGGACGACUGCCAGCGCUGGGACUGCGGCGGACGGGAUGAGUGUCUCGGCGACCCCUGGCCGGACUGCUGUCCGCACACCACCGCACACGACUACGGUGUGCGUCCACCUAAUCGUGUGCCACCCACCACCAACAAUUCACACCAAAGCUAUUGCUAAUACUUUACAGCUCUAAAUACUAUAAUUUCUCAUCGAGCUUUUGUUAUUGCUGAUUGAGACAAUAAACAAUGUUAUCAUCCA